ACAUCCAGCGGCGGCUGAUCAAGUCCAUGGAGUCGGUGAUGGUGAAAUACGACGCCACGGUGCGCAAUUCCAUCAACCAGGUGGUGCAGCUGCGCUACGGCGAGGACGGGCUGGCCGGGGAGAGCGUGGAGUUCCAGAACCUGGCCACGCUCAAACCCUCCAACAAGGCCUUCGAGAAGAAGUUCAAGUUCGACUACACGAACGAGCGGGCGCUGCGGCGGACGCUGCAGGAGGAGCUGGUGAAGGACAUCCUGUCCAACGCCCACAUCCAGAACGAGCUGGAGCGCGAGUUCGAGCGCAUGAGGGACGACAGGGAGGUGCUCAGGGUCAUCUUCCCCACGGGGGACAGCAAG